CUAAAACGAAAACGGUGAGCACAGGCAGAUGUCUAUUUUUAACUCGCCACGUACGACUACUGGCCUACAUUCUCAGUACCCAGCAAGCCUAACUUCAAGACGUAACACAGAACUGCUGAGUCCAGUAAAUAGGUGCUGAAAUUGGAAAACAUUAAGAAUGAAGAUUAUUUUAGUGGCGCUGUCCUUGGCAGUGGCAGUUAUAGCAGAUAAGUGCACAUACAAAUGUGCCAACUGCCCUGUCAUUGAAAGAACAGAUUGUUUGGCUGGUUUCGAUUUGGAUCCUGAAUGUCAUUGCUGUGAUAUUUGCUCUAGGUUUGAAGGCCAAAAGUGUGAUAUGCCAGAUAGUCCACUGAAAUAUGGCAAAUGUGGUGAUGGUCUCAAGUGUACAGAGACCAUUGGAGGCAACAUCUGUCAGUGUCUCUGGGAGGAAAUUGUAUGUGCCAACAAUGGACAUACAUAUGGCAACUUGUGCCAGAUGAUUGCUGCUGCUGUCAGAGAGAACAAACAGGACACUCUUGAGGUCAAAUCUGUUGGACCUUGUGAACCAGGAGCCACAAUUGUGACCAAGCCUGAAUACGUCCGUAAUGCAACAAAUGACAAUAUUGUGCUAACUUGUGAGGCUGUUGGCUUCCCCACACCCAUCAUUAAGUGGAAUGUUACUAAAUCAAAUGGCAAAACCUAUGAAAUGCCAGGUGAUGACAGCCAUGUUGUCACCGCCUCCAGGGGUGGGCCAGGUAAGUACCAGGUCACAGGUUGGCUCCAGAUUGAGAAGCUGAUGAAGCGUCAUGAAGGGGACUACACCUGCAUAGCAAUUAACUCACAUAAUGAAGACACAGCCAAGGCUAGGAUCAAGGUCAUCAACUAAAUUAAGUUUCUCUUGUAUUUCAGACUAAUGUUCAAUAAGGCAUUAAUUACAUCAACAGAAAACAAGUGAUGCAUAUACUUUUUUUUGUCUAAAAACGGUGCUAUUAUUUAAGGUUAUCUACCAUUAUUUCACUUCUUAUGGUGCUAAUGUUUUAUAUUGAUGUAUUUUUUACAAAGUUGCCUUAUAGCUUUUAUUUUCUAUAAAGCUUUUUGAAAGGUGUUUAUUUUGUAUUUUUAAAAUCUUUUAUAAUUAUUACAGUUAAUAGAUUCUGAGUUUAAAAUUAAAAAUAAACAAUGUAUUUACAGUGAAGUAAUUUUAAAUUCACCAUUUUGUUUUCAAAAUUUGCAUGAAUUUAUUUUCUUUUUGUUUAGAUCAAAUAUAAAGGCUGAAAUAACUUUACACUAUGCCAUUAAUCAGCAUUCAUUCAAAUGUAGAUUAUAUAUUUAACUUUCUUAACAUGCCUUUACAAAUCAACUGCACUAUUCCAUAUGUGCCAAAGUUUCUGGUUGUACAUAUUAUGCUAAGAGUGCAUGUAGAGAUGUUUAGGUAUUUUAGUUUUAAACAACAAAAUUUACUUUCUUACUUUUUGUUCAAGUUUAUCUAAGAAAUAUAGUAAUUCAUAAACGUUUUGGGAAAAAAAUCAUGUAAUCUAAGAUUAUACUAAUGUUUGUUUUGUAAGUAACUGCAGAAGUUGAUGUUUUACAAUAACAGCAACACUUGGCUGGCAGGUUAAACAACGAAUCAAUGUCUUCCUAUUGUAUCUUACUACAUUUUUGUUAAUACUACUGUAAAAUUUAUACUAUUAAUAUGUGUCUUUACGUUUUGAACAGGAAAUUAAUUAGUUCUUAACUUGCUUUAUUUAAAAAAAUAUUUUUGGCUAUUAUUUAAAUAUAGUAACAUAUCACAUAUUGGUAAAAAAAAUAUUUUUAAAACAACUUGUUGGAAAACCACUAUAAAUCAAAACAAUUUUUAGAUUCUCAAAUAUUUUUACAAUUAAAAUUGAAUUUCUCUUUU